CAAGCCGGGUGGGUUGGUACCGGAUCGCUCGACUUUGUGACAACAUUCAACGGACUUUCUGCGUCUGCGGGGAUUCAAGGAAUGAUCAAUGCAAAGUUUUUGAAGUGGGACGAGGAUUACACUUGGAACUUCCCUAUGGCUCUUGUCACUGGUAUUUUCAUUCCACCUUUGACGAUGGAAAUUGGCGGGUUACUCAACUUCGAGUGCAAACAGUCAAAGUACAAAGCAUCUGUUGAGUUCAAGACGAUGUCCAUGUGGUCUUCGUCCAACUUCAGACAAAUUGCUGGAACAAUUAAAGACCCCGAAGGGAAUGUCAUCUAUGAGAUUAGUGGAAGAUACGACCAAGAACUCUUCAUCACUGAUAAGAGAACAAAAGAAAAGAAGAGCUUCUUUAAGAUCGAGGAACUCAAGGAUACAAAGGAACACAGACUUGUCAGGGAAUUUGAGAAGUUACACCCAUUUGAAUCGGAGAAACUCUUCAAGAAGGUAUCGGACGCCAUCAUUAAGAACGAUCAAACCCUUGCAAUGGAAGAGAAAUUUACGUUGGAAGAGGCCCAACGAGCGGAGAGAAAGCUUGUUGUCGACAAUAAAGAAGAGCACGUCCGAAGACUCUUUGACUUCAAGGACAAACAGUGGCGCUACAAAUGGGAGAAUUGGGAGAAAUACGAUGCAGAGAAAGAUGGGGAAGAGAUAGAAGUUGGCGGGAAGUUAGUGACAUUAAAGAAAGGGGAAGUGUUAACAGAGGAACGUAUUCAAGAACUGUUGAGUGAUGUUGCAUACCCUGAGUGGAAAGAGGGAGAAGAACCGCCACACAUGUUAAGAAGUUUCAAGUACAUGGUGACGAAGCCUGAGGAGACGAAAGAGAGUAUCCCCGAGGAAAAGGGUGAAGAGAAGAAAGAAGAGAAAAAGGAGGAAGCCAAAGUAGAAAAAGAAGAAGAAGCGGCCAAACAAACAGUUGUAGCAACCGCAUGA